AUGGUAAACCAGAAGGCCGGCCCCCCGCGUACUCCCACCAGGAGGAAAUGUGGUGGCUUUGGUGCUGUAGGGACUCCCUUGAUAGGGGAUGAGGUGGGGAACAGCCUAGACUGCCCCUUCCUGGAUGGGCUGUAUGUCACGGAGCCGAGAACAAUCCAGCAGCUGCUGUGUAGCCCGUCCAAGUACCGUCUGGAGAUCCUGGAGUGGAUGUGUGUCCGGGUCUGUCCCUCCUUCCAGGACAAGUUCGCCUCUCUGAAGGGUGCCCAGGCCGAAGUGAAGAUCCAAGCUGAGAUGGUGAAGCUCGGCCAGGAGCUGAUGCUGUGUGGACCAGAUGACCAGGAGCUCGUGAUGGGCCGUGCUUGUGCUCAGAAGCAGCUGCGCUUCAUGGACCAGAUGCUGGAUGCCAUUUGGAGCCUGAGCAUCAGCUGCUCUGCUUGUUCCAGUGUGGCCCAGCACUUCAAGGACACCAGGGGCCAGAACGAGGCACUGCUGGCAGAGCUCUUCUGCAGCCCACACCUGCAGGCGCUCCUGAACCCUGAGCAGGACCUGUGGCCCCUGGACGUGCAGCCGCUGCUCGACCCGCCCAAGUACAGCUGCUCCCCCUGGGCCUGGCCCCGGACUGGGGCUGGUCUCUCUUGCGAGGCAGGGGAGAGGCAGGUGGCGGAGCUGGCCAAGCAACUGCAGGAGAGCACUGCCCAGCUCCAGGCGCUCAAGGCAGAGUGCCUCUCCCAGCACAAGGAAGUGGCUACUGCGGCCAGGGCCGACUUCCACACCUUGGAUCAGAAGUUGCGCCUGGUUGUCUCCGACUUCCACCAGCUCAUCCUGGCAUUCCUUCAAGUCUAUGAUGACGAGCUGGGUGAGUGCUGUCACCGCCUGGGCCCUGACCUCCACCCGUGCGGCCCCAUCGUCCAGGCUGUGUACCAGACUCUGACUUCCUGCAGCCAACUGCUGAAAGCUGUCGUGGAGGUCACUAACACCUCUGUGAACAUCGUGGACAUGGUGGCCAAGCAGCAGGAAGAGAAGAUCUGUUGGGACAGCAAUAACUCCACUGUGAGUCUAGCCGUCAAAAUGCAGGAGCUCACACAGAAAUACAAGCUCUUCAGCGAGGCUCUGGGGAAAGGCCCCGAGUAG